AUGGCGGACCGGACGCCUGGUGGUGCUCAGAAAGCAAAUGCUAAGGCGUUGCUGGAGAGCAAGUUGAAGUCCUUCAGCAUUGGAAAAAUGGCUGUGGCUAAAAGAACGCUAAGCAAGAAGGAGCAAGAGGAAAUCAAAAAGAAGGAGGAUGAGAAAGCUGCUGCAGAAAUUUACGAGGAGUUUCUGGCUUCCUUCGAAGGGGGAGAGGGCAAAGUCAAGGCCUUUGUACGUGGAGGACUUGCAAAUGCACCAAAAGAAUCAGGUGAUGAUAAAAAGGGCAAAUUGUAUAAACCCAAACCACGCUUUGAAACCACCACCAAAAGCAUUUUACCCCUGGAAACACCUCCACAAUUCCUGGCACUCGACAAAAGAAAUGCCAUAAAGAAAAACGUAGAGAAAGAAAAGAAAAAGAGUAACCUUGAACUCUUCAAAGAGGAAUUGAAACAAAUACAGGAGGAGAGAGAUGAACGACACAGAUUGAAGGGGCGGGUGAGCCGCUUUGAGCCCCUUGGCUUGGAAGGCAGACGCUCAGUGGAUGGUUCCUCGCGCAGAAACCGUCCAAGCAGUGCCUUGGAUGACUCCGCUCCAGGCUCCCAUGAUGUUGGAGAUCCUACCACAACAAACCUUUACCUUGGCAACAUAAACCCACAGAUGAAUGAGGAGAUGCUGUGUCAGGAGUUUGGGCGCUACGGCCCUCUGGCCAGUGUCAAGAUCAUGUGGCCCAGAACGGACGAGGAGAGGGCACGAGAGAGGAACUGUGGCUUUGUGGCCUUCAUGUCUAGAAAGGAUGCGGAACGCGCUUUGAAGCACUUAAAUGGCAAGAUGAUCAUGAAUUUCGAAAUGAAACUGGGCUGGGGCAAAGGCGUGCCCAUCCCGCCGCACCCCAUCUACAUCCCGCCCUCUAUGAUGGAGCAUACGCUCCCCCCGCCCCCUUCAGGCCUGCCCUUCAAUGCCCAGCCCCGUGAGCGCAUCAAGAACCCCAACGCCGCCAUGCCUCCGCCGCCCAAAAACAAGGAGGAAUUCGACAAGACUCUGUCGCAAGCCAUAGUCAAAGUGGUUAUCCCAACAGAAAGGAAUUUGCUCUGUGUCAUCCACCGCAUGAUCGAGUUUGUGGUGCGUGAAGGGCCCAUGUUCGAAGCCAUGAUCAUGAACCGGGAGAUCAGCAACCCAAUGUACAGGUUUCUCUUUGAGAAUCAGAGCCCAGCACACGUGUACUAUCGGUGGAAGCUGUACACCAUUUUACAGGGUGAAGCGCCCACAAAAUGGAAGACGGAAGACUUUCGGAUGUUCAAGAACGGCUCGCUCUGGCGCCCGCCGCCACUAAACCCGUACCAGCGUGGAAGCGGCGGAGAGGAAGAGGAUGAAGAAGAGGAAGAGCAGGAAGCUGCCAAGAAAGGCUGCUUAAAGGAAGAUGAGCGGGAUAAGCUGGAGGAGAUGUUGCGAGGCCUGACGCCCAGGAGAGGGGACAUUGCGGAGGCCAUGCUGUUCUGUCUGAGCCACGCCGAGGCCGCGGAGGAGAUUGUGGAGUGUGUCACAGAGUCCCUCUCCAUCCUCAAGACACCGCUGCCCAAGAAGAUUGCCCGGCUGUAUUUAGUAUCUGAUGUGCUGUAUAAUUCUUCAGCAAAAGUGUCAAAUGCAUCCUACUACAGAAAAUACUUUGAAACCAAACUCUGCCAGAUAUUCGCAGAUCUCCAUGCUACAUACAAGACAAUACAGGGCCACUUACAAUCAGAAAACUUCAAGCAAAGGGUGAUGGCGUGUUUCCGUGCCUGGGAGGACUGGGCGGUCUACCCGGAUCCCUUCCUCAUCAGGCUGCAGAACAUUUUCCUGGGCCUGGUCAACCUCUCGUCAGACAAGGAGCCUCCUAUGGUGACCGCGGUGGUGGUACCUGAGCCUGAGCCCGUGGAGGAUAUGGAUGGAGCUCCCAUUGGAGGAGAGGAGCUGGACGGCCUGGCAUUGGAGGAUGUGGAUGGGAUACCCAUAGAUGGAGGCCAGAUCGACGGGGACCCACUGGAUGGGGCUCCCCUGGACGACCUGGAUGGAGUUCCCAUCAAGGCCAUGGAAGAGGACAUCGAUGGAGUUCCAUUUGAUGGGUCUGGAGGGAAAGGAGGUGCGUUCAAAGUCGCUCCCUCCAAAUGGGAGGCAGUGGAUGAGGCUGAACUGGAGGCACAAGCUGUCACAACAUCAAAAUGGGAGAUCUUCGAACCACCUGAAGACACUAAAAAGAAGUCGGAAGAGAACAGCGACGAGGACUCCAGAAGUGCCCGAUCAGAAGAACAGAUCUUCUCCAACCCCACCAGGGAAGAGCAAAACGACUCCAAGACCAAAACGCUGGAGCUGAACGAGGACAGGCGCUCAAAACUACGCGAGAUUGAAGUCAAGGUUAUGAAGUUCCAGGAUGAACUGGAGUCUGGUAAGAGGCCCAAGAAGUCUGGCCAGAGCAUUCAGGAGCAGGUGGAACUGUACAGAGACAAGCUGCUCCAAAAAGAAAAAGAAAAGGAGAAACUUGAACGAGAGAAGGAGCGGGAGAAAAAGGACAAGGAGAAAGAGAAGGAGAAAGAGAGCCGGUCCAAAGACACGAAGAAAGAGAAAGAGAAAGAGGAUUCCCCUCCGCCUAAGAAAGAGAGGAAACGGCGACACAGUUUAUCUCCGAGCCCGCCACGGAGCACCAGCAGGCGGCGGUCCCCCUCCCCUCGGUCGGAACGAUCGGAGCGGUCAGAACGAUCAGAGAGGUCGUACCCCAAGGACACCGUGCGGUCGCGGUCAUCUCACAGAGACUCCCCUCGCUCCACCACCAAGAAGUCCUCUAAAAGGUCACCAUCAUCUCCUAGAACUCCUAAGCGAUCUCGAAAGUCCCGCUCGCGGACGCCCAAGAAAUCAGCCAAAAAGUCCCGUUCCAGGUCCCGCUCGCCACACCGCUCACACAAGAAGUCGAAGAAGAGUAAACACUGACGAGUCCCCCCACCCACCAACCCACCGGACCCUUUCAACAACCCCUUCCCAGAAUUCUCCUUUCCACACACCCUGGUAUCCAGCCUGACUUUCCCCCUCCCUCCCCUCUCUCCUGCUCACGGGACUCUUGUAGACAAGUCAGAAGACAGAGCAGCCAAGUCCUCCCCCAUCCCCAAACCCAAGGCCCAUUCUUGCCCCCCUCCUGAGCCCCUUUCCUGUAUUCCUGCCCCCAGUCCUAUCUGUGCCUGAUCGCCUCAAGGACGCCAGCAGGAGAGACUUUUGACUUGACAUUGGUGAUGUAUGUUAAUGAUGACGACGACGAUGUUUGUUUGCUGUGGAACAGACCCCAGCCCAGCAGCUGCUGUUUUAUAAUGUACAGUUACAGUUAAAUAAUAAUGUUGAUGAUGAGAUCGGUGUGUGUGGGUGUUUGUGUGUGUGUGUGCGUGCGUGCGUGGACAGGCUCUCUCUCCUCGGCCUGGGUUGCCCUGACUUCCACCGUUGACACCACCCCCUACACAUACCACCACCACCAAGCGCCCUGUGUCGGAUACCACACACUCAGCUCAUGCCUAACCCCCCCCCCCCCCCCUCCAAGUGUGUAUGGCUGUAGUCUGAUUUACAUGUGUCCGUUUUGUUGUUUAUUUUUUUGUAGUUCACAUUAAAGAGGAUUCAUAAGA